GAGAGACAGAACGGCGUUUGCCCGGGUGACCGACCGACCGACCGACCGACAGGGCAUUGGUGGCCGGUCGUCGCAGAGCGGAAAGGCAUCCCUUCGCUCCGCCGCAAGCCCUCAGCGGUCCCCUUUGGGCGACCACCGUGAGGGACCAGAAGAAGCCGAAGCCGCCGCUGCCGCCAGUUUCCUCCUCAGCGGUUGCCAGGCGAAGCGAGAGAGAGAGAGAGAGAGAGAGAGAGAGAGAGCGGGUCCGCAGAGGAAGGGAGGGACCGGCCCAUGGACCAGCCGGGCCUGGAGCAGAGCCCGGAGGAGCCGCUCUUUCUGCUGCCGGGGGAGGCCUCGCGCAAUGCGGGCGUAGCAAGGAGGGGAAGCCGCCCUCGCCUCCACUCCAGCCGGGGCCGUUGGUCCUCCCUCGGAGGGCGCUGAGGGGAGCGGAGGAGGAGGAGGAGGAGGGGCGGCUGGACUCCUGGAUGCCGCCGCUGCCCAGCGCCUGAGGCGCCGCCUCUUUCCUCGCUUCUUUUUAUCCUCUCCGCCGCCGCCGUCCUCCUCCUCCUCCUCCUCCUCCUCCUCUCGGGCUGUUCUCCUUCUCUCUUCCCCCCUCAGCUUCGGCCCCUUUGCCUUCUGCCUGGACCGACGAGCCGAAUCGUCGUCGUCUUCUCCCCCCCCCCAGCCGCCGCCGCCACCAUCAUGUCGGCCAAGGUGCGCCUGAAGAAGCUGGAGCAGCUGCUGCUGGAAGGGCCGCGGCGGAACGAGAACGUCCUGAGCGUGGAGGCCUUGCUGGACCUCUUGGUCGGCCUCUGCAACGAGUUCAGCCGAGACUCGCCGCUCCGGAGAGACCGGCUCGUCUCCGACUUCCUCGAGUGGGCAAAACCAUUUACACAGUUGGUGAAGGAAAUACAGCUUCAUCGGGAUGACUUUGAAAUCAUAAAAGUCAUUGGCAGAGGUGCAUUUGGUGAGGUUGCAGUUGUUAAAAUGAAGAGCACAGAGCGCAUUUAUGCAAUGAAAAUCCUAAAUAAGUGGGAAAUGCUUAAAAGGGCAGAGACAGCUUGUUUCCGAGAAGAAAGGGAUGUUUUGGUGAAUGGUGACUGCCAGUGGAUUACUACAUUGCACUAUGCCUUUCAGGAUGAAAACUAUUUGUACCUAGUAAUGGACUACUAUGUGGGUGGUGAUUUGUUGACACUACUAAGCAAGUUUGAAGACAAGCUUCCUGAAGACAUGGCCAGAUUCUACAUUGGUGAAAUGGUUCUUGCUAUACAUUCAAUUCACCAGCUACAUUAUGUGCACAGAGAUAUAAAACCCGAUAAUGUUCUUUUGGAUGUGAAUGGCCAUAUACGGCUGGCAGACUUUGGAUCAUGUUUGAAGAUGAGCGAGGAUGGCACUGUGCAAUCAUCAGUUGCAGUGGGCACACCUGAUUAUAUUUCCCCAGAGAUACUGCAAGCAAUGGAAGAUGGCAUGGGAAAAUAUGGCCCUGAAUGCGACUGGUGGUCUUUGGGUGUCUGCAUGUAUGAAAUGUUGUAUGGUGAAACACCUUUUUACGCAGAGUCAUUGGUGGAAACCUAUGGGAAGAUUAUGAAUCAUGAAGAGAGAUUCCAGUUUCCAUCUCAUGUAACUGAUGUGUCUGAAGAAGCAAAAGACCUAAUUCAGCGUCUUAUCUGCAGCAGAGAACGUCGUUUGGGGCAGAAUGGAAUUGAAGAUUUCAAGUCACAUGCGUUUUUUGAAGGACUCAAUUGGGACAAUAUUCGAAAUAUAGAAGCACCUUACAUUCCAGAAGUUAGCAGUCCUUCAGACACUUCAAAUUUUGAUGUAGAUGAUGAUGUAUUAAGAAACCCUGAAAUGAUACCACCUAGUUCUCACACAGGCUUUUCUGGAUUGCAUUUACCUUUUGUUGGCUUUACUUACACAACAGACAGCUGUUUUUCUGAUAGAGGCUCUUUAAAAAGUGUGAUGCAGUCCAGUGGGAUAACUAAAGAUGAGGACGUUCAGCGUGACCUGGAAAACAGCUUGCAAAUAGAGGCCUAUGAAAGAAGAAUACGAAGACUAGAACAGGAAAAGAUGGAACUAAGCAGAAAGUUGCAAGAAUCCACCCAGGCUGUUCAGUCUCUUCAUGGUUCUGGUCGCAUAACAGCAAAUACAAACCGAGAUAAAGAAAUAAAGAAGUUAAAUGAGGAAAUAGAGCGUUUGAAAAACAAAAUAGCAGAUUCAAAUAGGCUAGAACGACAGCUCGAAGACGCAGUGGCAUUGCGGCAGGAGCAUGAAGACUCUACCCAUAGGUUGAAAGCCCUUGAAAAACAGUGCAGGAUGCUGAGGCAAGAGAAGGAGGAUCUCCAUAAGCAACUCAUUGAAGCAUCCGAAAGAUUAAAGGCACAGUCCAAAGAACUAAAGGAUGCCCAUCAACAAAGAAAGCUAGCCAUGCAGGAGUUCUCAGACCUGAACGAGCGGAUGGUAGACUUGCGCUCUCAGAAGCAGAAACUCUCUCGACAGCUCCGUGACAAAGAGGAAGAAGUGGAAGUGAUCAUGCAGAAAAUUGACUCCAUGAGACAGGAAAUCCGUAAAUCUGAGAAAGCGAGAAAAGAGCUAGAAACCCAACUUGAUGAUGCACUAGCAGAAGCAUCAAAAGAGCACAAGCUUCGAGAACACAGUGAGAUUUUCUGUAAACAGCUGGAAAAUGAACUGGAAACACUAAAGGUAAAACAGGGAGGCCGUGCUGCAGGAAUGGCCAUGCAGGAGCAUCAGCAGGAGCUGGCCAAAAUAAAGUCAGAGCUUGAGAAGAAAAUUUUGUUUUACGAAGAGGAGCUAGUCAGACGAGAAGCCUCCCAUGUCUUGGAAGUAAAAAAUGUGAAAAAGGAGGUGCAUGAUUUAGAAAGCCACCAACUAGCACUUCAGAAAGAGGUCAUGAUGUUAAAAGAUAAAUUGGAUAAGGCAAAACGAGAGAAGCACAGUGAAAUGGAAGAAGCAGUGGGAACUCUGAAAGAAAAAUAUGAGCGAGAAAGAACUAUGCUUUUUGAAGAGAACAAGAAAAUAACAACUGAAAAUGAAAAGCUUUGUUCCUUUGUGGAUAAACUCACAUCGCAAAAUAGGCAGCUAGAAGAUGAACUUCAGGAUUUGGCAGCAAAGAAGGAAUCUGUGGCCCACUGGGAAGCUCAGAUUGCAGAAAUUAUUCAGUGGGUGAGUGAUGAGAAAGAUGCACGUGGUUAUCUUCAGGCUUUAGCUUCUAAGAUGACAGAAGAACUUGAAUCUCUGAGAAGCUCCAGUCUGGGAUCAAGAACCCUGGAUCCACUUUGGAAAGUAAGACGUAGUCAGAAGCUGGAUAUGUCAGCAAGGCUGGAAUUGCAAUCCGCUCUUGAUGCUGAAAUACGUGCCAAGCAGCUAGUCCAGGAAGAGUUGAGGAAAGUGAAAGAUGCCAACCUGUCCUUUGAAAGCAAACUAAAGGAAUCUGAAGCAAAGAAUCAGGAACUCUUAGAAGAAGUUGAAGCUUUAAAGAAGAAGCUGGAAGAAAAAUACAGGACUGAUGCUGGUCUCAAACUUUCAGAAUUUCAAGAUUCCAUAUUUGAAUAUUUCAAUACUUCGCCUCUUGCACACGAUUUGACUUUCCGAGACUCUGUGUCUUCCUCAUCUGCAUCUUCUCCACUAGCCUUUUGGGAAGACACAAAUUCCAUUAGUGAGCAGGAGGCACACAGUCCCAAAGCAGAGGUGUCACCAUCAACAUCUGUAAUGACAGAGCAGCAGCAGCAAGAAGAACCAAUUCGGCUUCAGAGGAUGCCUGCUGCUCCCUCCCCCACCAUUCAGUCCAUUUCUCUAGCUGUACCAAAGCCUAAAGCCCAUCAACUUAGUAUCAAAUCCUUUACAAGCCCUACUCAAUGCAGCCAUUGCACAUCUCUCAUGGUGGGACUGAUCAGACAGGGAUAUGCAUGCGAUGUGUGUUCAUUUGCAUGCCAUGUUUCCUGCAAGGACAGUGCACCACAAGUCUGCCCUAUACCUCCUGAGCAAGCCAAGCGACCCCUUGGAGUAGAUGUUCAAAGAGGCAUAGGAACAGCCUACAAAGGCUAUGUUAAGGUUCCAAAGCCAACAGGAGUUAAGAAAGGAUGGCAGAGGGCUUAUGCAGUAGUCUGUGACUGUAAACUCUUCCUCUAUGAUGUGCCUGAAGGAAAAUCCACCCAGCCAGGAGUUGUUGCAAGUCAAGUCCUAGAUCUCAGAGAUGAAGAUUUUUCUGUGAGCUCUGUCCUCGCAUCAGAUGUUAUUCAUGCUACCCGCAAAGAUAUCCCAUGUAUAUUCAGGGUGACAGCUUCUCUCUUAGGCUCACCUUCAAAGACGUGCUCUCUGCUGAUCCUAACUGAAAAUGAGAAUGAAAAGCGCAAAUGGGUUGGAAUCCUGGAGGGGCUGAAAUCUAUUCUGCAAAAAAAUCAACUCAAAAACCAAGUUGUACAUAUUCCACAGGAAGCCUAUGACAGCACACUGCCUCUCAUUAAAACCAGCUUAGCUGCUGCUAUUAUAGAUCGGGAUAGAAUAGCAAUUGGUUCUGAAGAAGGUCUCUAUGUUGUAGAGGUGACCCGAGAUGUGAUUGUACGGGCUGCUGAUUGCAAGAAGGUCUACCAGAUAGAGCUCGCUCCCAAAGAGAAAGUUAUUAUCCUUAUUUGUGGUCGGAAUCAUCACGUCCACUUGUACCCCUGGUCCUCCCUGGAUGGUUCCGAAGGCAGCUUUGAUGUCAAGCUUCCUGAAACAAAAGGUUGCCAGUUCAUCACAACUGGGACACUCAAGAAGAGCUCUUCGACAAGUUUGUUCGUGGCAGUCAAACGGCAGGUUCUCUGCUAUGAGAUUCACAGGACUAAGCCCUUUCAUAAAAAGUUCAGUGAAACCCAGGCUCCAGGCAAUAUCCAAUGGAUGGCAAUGUUCAAAGACAAGCUUUGUGUGGGCUACCCAUCGGGUUUCUCUCUGUUGAACUUCCAGGGGGACGGACAGUCUAUAAACCUGGUAAAUUCCAAUGACCCUUCACUUGCAUUCCUCUCACAACAGUCUUUUGAUGCCCUUUGUGCUGUGGAGCUCAGCAAUGAGGAAUACCUGCUUUGCUUCAGCCACUUGGGAGUGUACGUCGAUGCGCAAGGUCGAAGGUCACGCUUGCAGGAACUAAUGUGGCCUGCAACUCCUGCUGCCUGUAGUUGCAAUCCCUUCUAUUUAACAGUCUACAGUGAAUAUGGUGUUGAUGUUUUUAACGUUAACUCUAUGGAAUGGGUUCAGACGAUUGGCUUAAGAAAGAUCAGACCCUUGAAUGUGACAGGCACACUCAAUCUCCUUAACUGUGAACCUCCUCGAUUAAUCUAUUUCAAGAACAAGUUUUCAGCAGGAGCAGCCCUUAGUGUGCCAGAAACAUCUGACAACAGCAAAAAGCAAAUGCUUCGCACUAGAAGCAAAAGAAGAUUUGUCUUUAAAGUCCCUGAAGAAGAAAGAUUACAGCAAAGACGAGAAAUGCUCCGAGACCCUGAGCUGAGAUCCAAAAUGAUUUCCAACCCAACCAAUUUCAACCAUGUGGCUCAUAUGGGACCAGGAGAUGGAAUGCAGGUGCUCAUGGAUCUCCCACUGAGUGUCUUACCUUCUUCACAAGAUGAAAAGGCUUGUCCUCCCACAACCAGCAUUUCACGCCAAGCGCCUCAGAGAAACAAAAGCUACAUUUCGUGGCCAUCUUCAGGUGGCACGGAUCUGGGAGCAGCCAUGCCAUUGCGAAGUAUGUCUGAUCCUGACCAGGAGUUUGACAAAGAGCCUGACUCGGACUCUACCAAACACUCUACUCCUUCCAACAGCUCCAACCCAAGCGGCCCCCCGAGCCCCAACUCUCCACAUAGGAAUCAGCUGACCCUAGAUGGAUUGGACCAAUCAGCCUGCGAUGCAUAGCCUGACACCUCUCCUCCCCGUUCUUCACUUGAGAUCAUCGGCUGCUCCAUGGAGUACUCAAGAGCAGGACAUCUGUCUCCAGCAACAGUGCCAAGACUGAUACUGAAUUUCUAGUGUUGCACAAAAGUAAAUUAUAUACCUAGAUGAUAGAUUAGGGUGGAAUAGGGAAUAAAAAAGGAGGAGAGAAUUCAUUAUGAUUACCAUGAUCAAGUUUGGGGUGUUUCUAAGUGCAAAACUGUUCAUUCUUAAAACGAUGGUGGAUCCAUUUCUGCACAGCUGUGAUGUGCUCAUGGCAUACAAGAAAGGCUACUGGUAAAGAGUAUUUAUACUUAAGCUGGAAAAAAGUAGGGAAGAGAUGCUGGUAGUUUUUACUACUAUGCAGUGUCAGGAAUAUUAUUUUUCUAUAGGAUGAUGUAAUGUCUUGUUAGCAGGAAAUCCUUUUAGGAAAAAAAAUCUGACUUUUUGGGCAGGAAAUAAAACAAGGCUAGUUACAUCCUUGGCUAAAUAUAUUAUGUUGUGUGUUGUGGUUCCCCCCCCCCUCAAAAUUGAGGAGAAUGGUAGGAAGCUGUAGGGCCAUUCCAGCAUCUGUAGAAUAUGUCAGGAAGUUGAAAACAGCAGUCCUAGUUUGUGGCCUUUUAACUUAUUUAGCCAUUCCAUACGUUCCCAGCUAUGUAAAUGUCUUUCUCCUGGCUUUUUAGUCAUGUACAUAAAACUAUUACUCAGUAACAUUUUAUCCUUACCCUGCUUUUUUAGAUCUCAUUAGUCAGGGCAGGGCUUUUUUUAAAAAAAAUAAGUAAAAUACAGAUGUGAAA